AAAUCACAGUGAAUAAUUGAAAAACUGUAGGCAUGCCCCAUAGGAUAUUGUGGAGCAACAAGCAGCAGGCUUGAUGAAAGAGGCAGAGCGGUUCCUAAUCUUAAGCAAUAUCGAUCGCCUGUGGAAAGAACAUCUGCAGGCACUAAAAUUUGUUCAGCAAGCCGUGGGGUUACGGGGAUAUGCGCAGCGGGAUCCUCUUAUUGAGUAUAAGCUUGAAGGCUAUAACCUUUUCUUGGAUAUGAUGGCACAAAUAAGAAGAAAUGUCAUGUAUUCUGUGUAUCAGUUUGAACCUGUCCUGGUAGAGCAAGAUCAGGACAAAACAGAGAAUCGGAAAUCAGGAAAACGUAAUGCACGCACUCAGGUUAAUCCAAACCCUGAUCCAGUUGGCACUGUCGAGCCUUCAACGUCAAGUACUACUUCCUAAUAUAGCACUCAAGACUAAUAUGUAUCUGGAGUUCCAACAUAUUGAACGAGAAGUAGAAAGCUUCAGUUGAUCCUCCAUGUUUGUAGCAAUUUAUUAUAGAGAUUGCAUAUGAUCAAAUGUUGUAAAUAUUUACAAAUGUAUUACAAGCUGUAAAAAGCUUCUGUUAAUCCUCCAUGCAUGUCGCAAUUUAUGGUAAAAUAGAAAUUAUGAUGCUCAAACGAGUUUUUUUCUCCCACAAAUACAUGCGCGCGCACCCAUUAAGUUGA